AUAGAUAUCAAAAAGAGAAUAAGAAACAGUCGCUAUUGAGAUGGCGCCGAAACCGAAAAGGAAUUGGAAAGAAGAGAACCGGCGAAAAGGUCCUCAGCUGCAAAUUUCUGCUGAAAAUGAGAAUCGGCUUCGGCGGCUGCUGCUGAACUCUGGGCGGCCCACCAUCCCUGCUGCGACGGAGUUUGACGAUACUCUAACAAAGGAUCAGAAAGCUAAGAAGCUUAAAUCUGUUUAUGAGAAACUCUCUUGCGAAGGAUUCAGUGAUCAUCAAAUUGAGCUUGCUCUUUCGGCUCUCAAGGAAUGUGCUACCUUUGAAUCAUCUCUUGAUUGGUUAUGCUUGAAUUUGCCCGGUAAUGAACUUCCACUCAAGUUCUCCUCUGGAACUUCCUCUCAUCCCUCUCAAGGAGGUUCUGUUGGUGUUAUAUUCAAUCAGCAACAACAACACCACAACAAUUCAAGGACCUAUCCAUCCAUCACAGACACAGUCACAACUAAGGACCAAUAUCCGCUUUUAAUCCACAAGAGACACGAUGAUGAUGAUGAUGAUGAUGCUUUACAUUCUUCUCAAGCAGAUUGGAUCAGGCAAUAUGUGGAGCAGCAGGAAGAAGAAGAAGAGGAUGAAAAUUAUACUUGGGAAGAUGGCAUUUUUGAUGGAAGUGGUGCCGCAAACAAGCUCUGCGAACCUAGGCCUUAUGAUGUUAUUGCCAAGGAGUAUCUUGCUGCAAGGUUGGAAGCUACAAAGGCAAAGGAGAAAAAGGACAAAAAACAUCAGGAGCAGGCAAGCCGUAUCAUACGAAAACUGAAACAGGAGCUGUCUGCCCUAGGAUUAUCAGAUGACAAUUUGGCCUUAGAAUACGAGCAAAUCAGUACUAACCAUGCAUCUGAGGGAGCAUCCAUGGGCCACGAGCCUUUGAUAGAAAAAGACCCAAUUGAUGAAGAAAGUAACUCUGCCAUUGUUUUUCCUUCUAAUGAAGGAGCAAUAAAUGGUAGUGAUGCAGAGCAUCAUAGUGUGGAGGAAAAUCUUGCUAAGUCUUGCUUACCAGCUGUACAUGUUGAAAAAGAUUCUGCAGAAGGAGUGGCUGGAGACAUUGAGCUUGGUGGUUUCUUCUUGGAGGAUGUGCCGUCUAAUGAAAUACACCCUGAUAUUUUGAAAGCACAAAAAAUAGAAAAAGUUAAAAGAUUAUCUGAGAAGAACUUGGAUAAGUUAGAUGGCAUUUGGAAGAAGGGGGACCCUCAAAAGGUUCCAAAGGCUAUUCUUCAUCAGCUAUGCCAGAAAUCAGGAUGGGAAGCUCCAAAAUUCAAUAAAAUACUUGGCAGAGGAAAGAGUUUUUCCUAUACUGUUAGCAUACUGCGUAAAGCUAGUGGCAGGGGCAAGAAUCGUAAAGCCGGGGGGCUGGUCACACUUAAGCUUCCAGAUCAGAAUGAGAUCUUUGAAUCUGCUGAGGAUGCACAGAAUAAAGUGGCUGCAUAUGCUUUGUUUCAACUAUUUCCUGAUGUUCCAAUUCAUUUCCCAAUAACCGAGCCUUAUGCUUCAGUUGUUAUGAAGUGGAUGGAAGGGGAAUCAUUGACCAAGCUAGAAGACAGUGUGGAAGAUCACAAGUCUCGUUUUGUGGAGUCGUUAUUAAGUGGUGAUGGUUCUGGUAAAACUGCAUCUGCUGAUGUUACAGACUACAAGUUUCCUCAAAACAACGGUAGACUUGAUGAAAAUAAAAGUUCACCCAUUGAUGGUCAUCAAUCAUUUGCUCAGAGAGGAACCUAUAGUAAGGAAUUGGAGAGUACUAACUUGAGACAGGGGCAAUACAUUAAAAUGGGAUCACAAAGAUACCAGGAUAUGUUGAAUUUUAGAGCUACACUUCCUAUUGCCACACUAAAGGGUGAUAUAUUGCAAAUGCUAAAGGAAAAUGAUGUUUUAGUGGUUUGUGGGGAAACAGGCUCUGGAAAAACAACCCAGGUUCCGCAAUUCAUAUUGGAUGAGAUGAUUGAGUCAGGUCAUGGUGGACACUGCAAUAUUAUUUGUACACAACCAAGGAGAAUAGCGGCUAUUUCUGUGGCUGAAAGGGUAGCUGAUGAGCGCUGUGAACCUUCACCAGGUUCUGAUGGCUCCUUGAUUGGUUAUCAAGUUCGUCUUGAUAGUGCCAGGAAUGAGAAAACAAGGCUUCUGUUCUGUACAACAGGCAUCCUUCUGAGAAAAUUGAUGGGGAAUCGAAGCUUGACGGGCAUUACUCAUAUCAUAGUUGAUGAAGUUCAUGAGAGGUCUUUAUUGGGCGAUUUUAUUCUAAUUGUGCUAAAGAAUCUAAUUGAGAAGCAGUCCAGUGAAAGCUCUUCAAAAGUCAAGGUCAUUCUAAUGUCAGCAACUGUGGAUUCAGGUUCAUUUUCUAGCUACUUCGGUCAUUGUCCUGUAGUUACUGCAGAAGGCAGGACUCAUCCAGUGACAACAUACUUUCUUGAGGAUGUAUAUGAUCAGAUUAAAUAUCGUCUUGCUUCAGAUUCACCGGCUUCUUUAACAAAUGAAACAUUUCCCAAAGGACAGAGAGCUCCCGUGACAAACAGCAGGGGGAAGAAGAAUCUAGUCUUAUCUGCAUGGGGCGAUGAAUCUGUGCUUUCUGAAGAGCAUGUUAAUCCAUAUUUUGUUCCUAGUUAUUAUCAGUCAUACAGUGAACAAGCCCAAAAAAAUCUGAAAAGAGUCAACGAGGAUGUCAUUGAUUACGAUCUUAUUGAAGAUCUAAUAUGUUACAUUGAUGAAAGUUGUGGUGAGGGUGCUAUCCUUGUCUUCUUACCGGUAAGACCAUUCGGUUUUCAUUUGAGCUGGUAUGCUUAUCUUAUCUGUAUUUUCUUGUAUAUUAAUAUCUUUUCAUUGUAAUUUGACUUGUCAGGGAGUGUUUGAGAUAAACCAUCUUCUGAUUGGGUUAUUCCUUUGCAUUCGUCAGUUGCAUCAACGGAACAGAAAAAGGUGUUACGCCCUCCAGGAAAUAUACGAAAGGUCGUUAUAGCAACAAAUAUAGCAGAGACCAGCAUAACAAUAGAUGAUGUGAUAUAUGUAAUUGACUGUGGAAAACAUAAGGAGAAUCGAUACAAUCCACAGAAGAAAUUGUCUAGCAUGGUUGAAGAUUGGAUUUCUCAAGCAAAUGCAAGGCAGCGUCAGGGUAGAGCUGGACGUGUAAAACCUGGAAUUUGCUUUCGCUUGUACACUCGUUAUAGAUUUGAAAAGCUCAUGCGUCCUUAUCAGGUGCCGGAGAUGCUUCGGAUGCCAUUAGUUGAAUUGUGUCUGCAGAUUAAAUUACUAUCUCUUGGGUAUAUCAAGCCGUUUUUGUCUACUGCUUUAGAACCUCCGAAAAUCGAAGCAAUUGAUUCAGCAAUGUCUUUAUUGUACGAGGUCGGUGCUCUUGGGGAUGAAGAGUUGACACCUCUUGGGCAUCAUCUGGCAAAACUACCUGUUGAUGUAUUAAUUGGGAAGAUGAUGUUGUAUGGUGCAAUUUUCGGUUGCUUGUCACCGAUUCUUUCAGUUUCUGCAUUUUUAAGUUACAAGUCUCCAUUUGUGUAUCCCAAGGAUGAGAGGCAGAAUGUUGAAAGAGCAAAACUAACAUUGUUGAAUGAUAAGCAAGAUGGGCCUGGUGAGGGAAAUGAUAUUGAUAGACAAUCUGAUCAUUUACUUAUGAUUAUAGCUUAAAAAUGGGAGACUAUUUUGAACGAGAAAGGACCAAAAGCUGCACAGCAAUUCUGCAAUUCAUAUUUUCUGAGCAGCUCUGUAAUGUUUAUGAUAAGGGAGAUGAGGAUACAGUUUGGAACAUUGCUAGCAGAUAUUGGUCUCAUCAUUCUUCCAAAAUUAAAUCAGAUGGAUGGAAGAAAGAUAGGAAGUCUUGACAGGUGGCUUUCUGAUUCAUCACAACCAUUUAAUAUGUAUGCACAUCACCCGUCAAUUCUAAAGGCUAUACUAUGUGCAGGUUUAUACCCCAAUGUAGCAGCUGGUGAACAAGGUAUUGUUUCAGCAGCUCUCACCAGCCUUAAGCAGUCUCCUAGCACUGCGAAUUCUAGUCAUAGAGUCUGGUUUGAUGGAAGAAGAGAAGUUCAUGUCCACCCGUCUUCUAUCAACAGUAGCACAAAAGCAUUCAUACCCUUUCUUGUCUUCCUUGAAAAGGUUGAAACGAACAAAAUAUUUUUACGAGAUACUUCAGUCAUUUCUCCAUACUCAAUUUUGCUCUUUGGAGGGUCAAUCAAUGUUCAGCAUCAGACUGGACUAGUCAUCAUCGAUGGAUGGUUAAAAUUGAAUGCACCUGCCCAAAUAGCUGUCUUGUUCAAGGAGCUACGGUUGACUCUACAUUCCAUUUUGAAGGAACUUAUUAGAAAACCAGAGAAUGUGAUCGUUCUAAAUGAUGAGAUCAUUAAGUCUAUCAUCAAUCUUCUUUUAGAAGAAGGCAGUGUGCCUAAAUGAUUGAGUGUCAGAGUUACAUGGAAGAAAGCUGUAUCUGCUAUGCACUUCAGAGAUUUGGUCAUUCUUAGGAGUAAAGGGAGCUGAGCCUUCUCAUCCCUGAAACAAACAAGAGCCCUUUUUUGGACCAUUGAGUAUGAACUGGACCUCAAUAAUAAUCAU